GGUUGCUAUUCAUAACGUUCUAUAAUUUUCUAUCGAGCAGUUCGACCUUCAAAAAUCUCUCGUGUCACAAUUUUGCAAAUUAUUUUGUAAUUUAUUCGUUUGGCCUUCUCGCGUGUCUGAAAUCUUUAGCCAGUGACCAAUAAAUUCACCAGAAGCGAUGAACGCCCAGCAAAUUGUCACCUGCGAGUGUCACCUCCACGGAGGUCGUCCGGUCGCGUGCUGCGGCGACUUUGUCUGUCCACUGCAGGGCAAAGCUUCCUCGAGCCCACCCCGUAGGUCAUCGGAAGGCUUGGACGAGUACGUCGGCAAGUCACGUGUUCGCGCGAUCCGGCAACUUUUCGAGGACAAAAUUCAAGUUAGCAGUGCAAAUUCCUCCCGAGCGGAUCUCCGCAAUCGGUCACGUCGCAGAAGUGCCACUUCGUCACCAUCGCUGGAGACCAUACGGCAACCCAUCGCCGAAGAAGACGAAGAAGCUGACCCCCAGAUCUACCGGAGUCGCACGCAGAUAACCCACAUACCGAACGGGGUAAAGAUCACCACGACCAUCCUCGCCGGGGAGAACCUUGAUCUGGCCAACGGCAGUGGACUGCCACCCCCGGUCGGCGAAGGUCCUUCCGUUUACGAGACCCUAAUGUACCCCGAAAGUGAAAUCAUCAAGCGGUUCGAGCUAGAUCUGAAUCGGAAGGGUCGUUAAAAAUAAAUCAAGCCGUGCGAUGCGAUCGAUGUGUUUGACGGAGUGUCGAAUCGACCGGUGUAAUGUGACGCUUCCCAGAAGGACUGUAAAGGUCAGGGAUUGAAACAAAAUUUGCUGUUCAAAAUUAUGCGUUUUAUAGCGAAGAUGGUGUUCUCGCUGAUAAUUUUGAAGUGAUUUGGGUCCCAUGAUAUAAAACGUUAUGUAAAAAUGUAUUCUACCAAGAAAAUCAAAAUAAAAUUCUACAAACUACAACUCCCUCAAAAGUGAACA